AUGGAUACUAGAACAAGCGACGAUAUACCUCGUGUCAAGGAGUUGUUUAUUUUUCCAAUUAAAUCAUGUGGAGGUGUCAAAGUACAAGAAGCGUUGACAACCAAGUUUGGUUUAGCAUUACCAUCGAAUCCUCAACUGUCUGACAGACGAUGGAUGGUUAUCAAAAAUGGUCGUCAUCAAACACAACGUGUCAUUCCUCGAAUGGCUCUUAUUCAGCCUUCUUUCGUCACGGACGGGAUAUUGCUCCAUGCACUUGAUAAGCAGCAACAUCUUGUGGCCGGGCUUCAUUUGGUAAUUCAGCUCGGUCACAAUGACGCCCAUCGAAUUGGUUUUCGUCAAAGUAAACCAAAUCUAAAUCGGGUGUUUCAAGGAAUUUUUGAAACCAUUCCGAUACCGAAAAGCCAUAUUUCAAACCCUUGACCGAGUUUUCACGGAGAAAAACUCAAAAUACUAAGAAGGUAUGAAAAUUAUCAAAAAAAUGGCUUUGCGGAAAGUAGAGUCUAUCUCCUAUCCAUUUCACUUUUGGUUUUCAUCGACGUGAUUUUCGGAUUCUUCAUGUGAAACUGCAUUUAGACACGUGGUCUACAGCCUCAUAGCGCAUAUCGUAUCAUUUGUUGACAAUUAUAAAACUGAAUGACUCUGUUGGUAAAACCUAAUUUUGCAAACCUAUUUAGUUUUUCAGGUCGGCACAUAGAUAUCUCAUUCGUAUUUCAAGCGCUACAAAAGUAUAAAUUGAUUUUUUUAUUUUUGUUUUCUGUGCGGAGAAAAAUAGCCCGCAAUAGGAAUCAUAAAAAGUCCUUCAAGCGAUUUUGCAAUAAAUUUUCAUUUUUUGCCAAAAAAACUCGUCAAAAUAUCCAAAAAUAGGUUAUAUAGAAAAAUAGCGCUUGAAAACUUCUACAAUAUUCUGAAUAAAUAAGCUCUAUAUAUCAUUGGUUCAAUCCUUUAUAGGUCAAAUAUACGCUUUUGAAGAAAAUGAGACGUCUCCGAGCUCUUUGCGACAUCUUCUAAUGAAGCAGCAUUCAAUUUAUGGAAGGUCCCAUAGUAGCGAAACUAACUGGGGAACUUCGUUUUCUGAGAUUUUCCAGAGUCCCUGAUUUCAUUUUAUGUAUUUUUGGAUAUUUUGACGAGUUUUUUUGGCAAAAAAUGAAAAUUUAUUGCAAAAU